AUGUCAAAACCAUGCAACACUGAUUUCCUAUCGAACGAUCCCUUCCAAGAAGAAGAACCAGAAAUUUCCAAAAUACACGUCCGAAUCUUUUCCCGGUCCAACAAUAAGAAAAUUACCACCAUUGAGGGAUUAUCACAAAACAUUCCACUCAAAACCUUAACUAAAACCCUCUCAUCACUAUUUGAAUGCAGUGCAAUAGUUGUUGAUGAUGAAGAGAGGGGAAAAAUCAUUACUCUCCAGGGAGAUCAAAGAAUGAAUGUGGUACAAUAUAUGUUACGAGAGAAUAUUGUGAGAAGGGAUCAGAUAGUAUGUCCAGGCUUGGAUUUAUCAAAACCUCAACCAGAUGAAUAA